UAUUUUCAUCAAAAAUUAAUCAUAUAACAACGUAAAAGUAAUUAUGAUGCCCGUAUUCAAGUAUGAAUGUUUUGAAGAUCCAUUACCUAAUUCCAACAGCAAGAAAAAUAAGUUCAAAAACUUUAAACUUUCCCAAAAUUGCUUUAACGAAAAAAGAUUACCUGUAUUUGAUUCAAUGUUUCAAAUUAGUUACAACAAAAACAUUUGCACUACAAGUACUGUAGAAAAUUUUAUGUCAUUAUAUAAUAAAUUAAAUAAAUUACAAAAAGAUUACACACCCUUGCACUUAGCUAUCGAAAUGGGUAAUUUUCACUUGAUUCAAUUUUUAUUAAGACUUCCUACCAUCAAUGUGAACUCUUUUACGGGUACUGGGUUUACAGGUCUACAUUUAGCUAUUAAGUCUGAAAAUGUAACUGUUGUUAAAUAUUUAUGUGAGAAUUCUGAUAUUGAUUUAGAAGCAACAUCAAGUUGUGUUGGUACACCACUGAUUUAUGCAACAUCAAUUUCAACUCCAAUAAUUUUGAAAACAUUAAUUGAUUAUGGUGCUGAUGUAAAUAAGACUUUUACAGUAGAUUGCUUGAAUUCUUUAAUGUUGGCCAUACAAAAUCAUAAAAACGAACACAGUUGGAUAUUAGCUGAAAGUGGUAUUUGCCCUUUACACACAAAUGUAAAAAAAUGGAAUGCUUUACAUUAUGCUGCAUUAUUUAAAGCUCCAACUGAUUUACUGCGAAAGCUGAUAGAAAUAGGUUGUGAUCAAAAUGGUAUUACAAGAGAGGGUAACACACCUUUACAUCAUGCAGUUAUUUCUGGAAGUAUUGAUUCUGUUCAAAUAUUUGUUGAAAUGAAAGCAGAUAUUCAUAAAACUGAUGAAAAUGGCCUAACUGCUUUACAUUAUGCUGCAUAUCAAGGGCAUUGGGAAAUUGUAAAAAUAUUAUUAGCUGCUGGUUCUAGACCAAAUAAGAAAACGAACAUCAAAGUUACACCUUUACAUUUUGCAGCUAAACAUGAUCGUUUUUUAGUGGUAGAAGAACUGUUAAAGUGCUAUGUUGAUGUUAAUGCUGUUACUAUGCAAUGUAAUACACCAUUACAUUAUGCAGCUUGUAAUGGAAAUGAAAAAAUGGUUGAAACUUUAUUGAAACAUGGAGCUGAUCCAAAUAUUCCAAACAAAGACAAUGAUUUACCUAUACAUCUUGCUUGUUUACGUGGUGCUAUAGAUGCUGUAAAGUUAUUAUGCUUGUAUAAAUCAAAUAUGGAUUGGCGAAAUAAAAACAAUAUGUCACCAUUACAUAAUGCUGUCUUAAGUACUAAUGAAGAGUUGAUAACAUUUUUAUUGAAUAAAUAUAAAUUUAGUAUUGAUGCCGAUUUGUUUAACAUGGCUCUACGCUUUGGAAAUAUACAUAUAAUUAAAAUGAUGAUUGAUAGAAGUAAUGAAACAAUGUUAAAGAAUGAAGUAUUUUGGUUUAAAAUAAUUGGUUUUUGUAGAUCUUUAGAAAUAAUUAAGUUAUUUGUUAAACGAGCUCAACCACCUGUUUCAGUUAUAUCAAAUCUAGUAGGAUAUGCUACACAAUUAGGUCAUUGUGACAUUGCACGGUUCUUACUGGAAUAUGUUAGAACUUGGGAUGAUUUUAUUGAUGAAGAAGGAAAUACAGUAUUAUACUAUGCAAUAUUUAAAAAUGAUAUAGAAUUGGUUCGCUUACUGAUAGAAAAAGGUUCAAAUGUAAAUCACAUAAAUGAUGCUGGUAUUACAUUAUUACAAUCUGCGUCAAAAAAUGGUAAUACAGAAAUUAUGAAGUUGUUAUUGAAGAAUUGGACUACAUGUUACACUUUAAAUAACAAAACUAACUUAUAAAAUUUUACCAUCUUCUUCACAUAUAACAUAUUGAUUAUUUGGACUCAAAAAAGUAAUAUUUUAUUUUAAAAUUAUAUUCCUUAAGUUAUUUUAUAUUUUAACUAUUUUUA